UAGCUCUGUGUACUGCGCUGCUCCAGCUGCCCCAGCACUAUCCCUUUAAAUGAGAAAGAGCUGCUCUACGUGCUGCAUGUGUGUGGAGGGCAAAUUACGAGAGAGAGAGGGCUACUCUGUUAUGGAGGACGAGGCGAUCGAAAAACACAACAGAGAAGCCCUUUUGCUACAUUUUGGUGUGUAAAGGGGGCCGUGUAUCGGUCGCCCCCUCCUCUCCCUUCAUUUGCCGAAUUCUGAUUUUGAAUCCGAGCAUUCUUCUUGUCUAUGGGCUCGGGUGGGCGCAUCUCUGGUUUACCGAUAGGACGUAGGCUGCCUCUUAACAAUAAUUUAUUUCGCCCUUUCCGCGCCGUAACGUCGGAAGAAACGAGAUCAGGAACCAGCAAUAACACCGUGCUGAUCAUGGAUUAAUGCUCGAGUGAAUUUUCAUCUGAAAGAAAAAGUAAUAUGUCUGACGGCUACCUACGAUGCUACAAGCAUCCACACUGAACUCCAGAGUGUCUGGAUCUAAAUCAUUAGUGACAACUACUUGAAGUGUGGACUGACAGAGCGACAUGGUUAUCUGAAUGGAAGAGCCUUUCUGCCUUCUUCAUCAGAAGGAGCAGCACUGGAUGUCCUCAUCUCCCACUGCAGUCGGAAUGACCUAAGGGAUGUGUCAAACCUUGUUGCAGCAAUGAUGGAGGAUCUGUACCACCACCACCAUCAUAAAAAUAUGAAAAUCAUUUUCUGUGGCACCCUGCAGAGAUGUGGUGGAAGGCUGAUACCAACCCAGGUUCCCAAUGUUGAACAUGUCCACCCCCAGUGAGCUGAAGUCUCCCUGUGUGACCCGUAAUGGUAUGGUGAAAUUACCCCCUAGCCAGCCGAAUGGUUUAGGCAGUGCAAGCAUCACCAAAGGGACCCCUGCUGCCAAGAACCGUCUGUGUCAGUCCUCCUCGGUACCAUCCAUUCUGCCUCCUCCACCAUCCUCCCUUCCGUACCACCACCACCAUCACUUGGACGUCCCUGGCAUGCCUCAUGCUGCAGCCCCUCUGUUGGCCUCUGACCUUGAGCCUGGAAUGCCGCUGGUGGGCUUGAAGCCAUCUCUUCGUCAGCCUCCCCCUCUCACCCUACCUAAACCCAUGGUGCUGGAGCGUCAGCUUGUCCUAGAUGAGAAGCUGCUCAACCGACUGCUCUGGUACUUCACCACAGCUGAAAAAUGUGUGCUGGCGCAGGUAUGCAAGACAUGGCGCAAGGUGCUGUACCAGCCCAAGUUCUGGGAGGGUGUGACCCCCAUCUUGCAUGCUAAGGAGCUAUACACCCUGCUGCCCAAUGGGGAGAAGGAGUUUGUCAGCCUGCAGGCCUUCGCCCUGCGUGGCUUCCAGUCUUUUUGCUUAGUGGGUGUGUCAGACCUCGACAUUUGUGAAUUCAUUGACAACUACCCGCUGUCUAAGAAGGGUGUUCGCUCAGUCAGCCUCAAGAGGUCCACCAUCACAGAUGCUGGUUUGGAGGUCAUGUUGGAGCAAAUGCAAGGCCUGAUGCACCUUGAGCUGUCAGGGUGCAACGACUUCACAGAGGCUGGUCUAUGGUCCAGUCUCAAUGCCCGGCUAACUUCCCUCAGCGUCAGUGACUGCAUCAAUGUGGCAGAUGAUGCCAUUGCUGCUAUCUCACAGCUCUUACCCAACCUAUCAGAGUUAAGCCUGCAGGCCUACCAUGUCACUGAUACGGCCAUGGCUUAUUUUACAGCCAAACAGGGUUACACCACCCACACUCUGCGGCUUCACUCCUGCUGGGAGAUAACCAAUCAUGGUGUGGUGAACAUGGUUCACAGUCUUCCUAACCUGACUGCCCUCAGCCUCUCUGGCUGCUCCAAGAUCACUGAUGAUGGCGUGGAGCUGGUUGCUGAGAACCUGCGUAAGCUCCGCAGCCUGGAUUUGUCCUGGUGCCCUCGGAUCACUGACAUGGCCCUGGAGUACAUUGCCUGUGAUCUGCAUAAACUGGAAGAAUUGGUGCUGGACAGUUUGUGUAUUGUGUCUUCUUUUAGGUGUGUGCGGAUCACAGACACCGGCUUGGGCUACUUGUCCACCAUGUCAUCAUUAAGAAGCCUCUACCUGCGCUGGUGCUGUCAGGUGCAAGAUUUUGGACUGCAGCAUUUGUUUGGAAUGAGAAGUCUUCGUCUGUUGUCUCUUGCUGGGUGCCCCCUGCUGACCACCACUGGUCUAUCAGGUCUCAUCCAGCUGCAUGAACUGGAGGAGCUAGAGCUGACCAACUGCCCUGGUGCCACUGCUGAGCUCUUCAAAUACUACUCUCAGCACCUGCCCCACUGUAUGGUCAUCGAGUAAGAUCACUGACUGAGCCCAUGACUGACAGAUCACCAUACCUUCCUCCUCUUUUCCCUUCCUCACUCUUUUCUUAAAUGCCUAAACCCAGGAUACUGGACUGCUCCUACUGUACCACUUUGUUCCUCUUUCCUGACCCCACACCCUGCCCGUCUUCCUCCACACCCCAUUAAGCAGACUGACCAACAGGCAGACAGAGAGGCAGGAAGGUAGAUAAUGGAAUGUGCCAGACCCAGUGGAUAAUGGGUCGCCGUUUGAGCUUCAUUUAAGAAGAUUGCUGGAGUGAAGAGCUUGGUGUGACGUCUUGUCUGACAGCAAGUUUUUUUUUCACAAUCAACAAAAGGUUUUUACAGAGGAGAGCUUCUAUAGACUUUGACGAUUUUUUUUUAAACUGAAUGGUUACUGAAGGGAGUGAAAUAUGCUGAUCCAGAUGCAGCAUUGAGUAAAUACGUAAAAUGGAGACUUUUGUGUUUUAGCAGGUGGAACUCACAUAUUCACACAUACACUGUAAACACACACAACCACACUGUAUAUGGUAAGUGAAGCAAAUGUAAAUCCUCAAGAUCAUGAAUAUGUAAUUUUAGAUUGACUUCCAUAACUCUAUGUAAUAUAGUCACUGUUUCAUUCUUUCUCCCAGAAGGCAUCAAAGGUUCAGUUUUGUCUUGUUUAGAGAACUACACACUAUGCCAGCUUGGGAAACAGGAAAUAGAACUAAAGAUGCAGUUCAAGAAGUGAAAUACAGAGAUGGAAAAGCUCUCUCUCUCUCUUGUUCUCUCUUCUCUAGUGUGUGAAAUGUAUUUCAUGGACUCAGAACUUCCCAUCUUUUUGGGGCACCACCACUUUUUCUCAUUUCUGUGUCAUCAGAAAUUAAAAAAGAAGAAGAAAAAGAAGAAAAAGAAAAUUUAAAUUUGAUGAACAACUGCAUAAACAGGCGUUUUGUUGCACGCUUGAAUGACUGGAUUGAUUAUUGUUUUAUUGUGGUCUCUUCUCCAGUUAUUGUACACGUUUAUUUUACAGAUCUGGUGGAGAAACUUUUGUGAAUGGUGUGUUGUUGAAACAGUUCAACGUGAUUAAGCAGUGGAUCAAAUGAAAAGUAAAUUUUGCAGAAAGCAUUUUACUUUAGUCCUAAAGUAGUGUCUGCUAAGGAUAAAAUGUUUUUCUUCAAAUGAUGAAAAGAACAGAAUCAUGAAUUACAAACAAAUCAACUGUGGGGCUUCAACUGACAGUGAUAACUUGAUAUUUCUGAACUUCAACUAAUAAAUAAGACAGCUGAGGGACUUGGGAAGAGAUCUGUUUGUUGGUAUGGAUGCCAUAUUCAAAUUGAAGCCACAUCUACUUUUGGAACUCUAAAUUUAUUUUUAUCUUUUCAGUCAUGAUAGAGACAUAUGAUAUUUAGUAUUUGAAUUUUGACUUAGGCAACUCUGACACUGCUAACGUAAAAUUUGAUGCAAUUUGCUAUUGCCAAGUUACCUAAAAGGUAAUGAAAUGGGCAGUUUCAGUAUUUAAUAAAAAAGCAACUCGUACAGUGUCCACCACAGACGAAGGUCAGAAAUAGGCAGGAGCUCAGAGCUCUUGUAUAAUGGCAAUUUUUAAACGACAAUUUAGUUUGUGGAAAUUUUAUAACUUUUCCUACUAACCCACAGUCAGAGAAAUUCAUGAUAGAUCUUUUAUUACAAGCCUGAACAGCGAUUUUAUUAGCACUAAUAACAUUGUAAUCAUGAAGUGACUAGUUGAGAUUAGUAGAUGGUCACAGAAUGCAUCAAGGCCAUUACAAGAAAAUAGGACUGUUAGCAAACAAACAGACAAGUGUUCUGAACAAACCAACAUGUUGCGCAGAUGUAUUUUGAAGAAAAAGUUGAAUGUGGAUUUCAUGAUGAAUAGCCAAACCCACGUUGUAAUAAACCAUAUUUAGAACUGAGAUUAUUGUACACAUUUGUAAACUUGGGUGAUCUAGAAAAAGCAGUACAUUCAACAUUCUUUUAUUUUGCCAAAUUUAUACAUAAUACAAUCGUAAAAUUAAAAGAAAAUGGAUGCAGCCAACAGUGAACAACUGCUCCCAUGCCCCCCUAAUGCACUGACCCCUGACUGAAGGGACUGGGUAAGUGUCAGUCAAUAUCAGGCUGUGCCAAAUGCAUCUAGCAGCACAUAAAGUGUGGCUGGUUGCUUCCAGCUGAUUGCUGACAACAAGGAAAUAGAGUACUACAUAAAAAAGGCAGACCAUACAUGAUUUUAGUUGAUCUGCAGUUUCAGAAUGGUUCAUUUCAGAUGUUGUUUAACAUCUCUUAAGUGUACAUAAGUAUAUUUAUUUCUUCAUGUAUUUAUUUAUUUAUUUAUUUAUUUAAAUUAAUUUGUGUCUUUUUUACUUACUCAUUUAUUUAUUGUCAAGACAUUUUCCAAUCAUUUUUGUGUUUGUUUUGGACCUUGCUUCAGGUUUGGGCUUAAGUAAAUGUAUUCAUUGAUUGUUGUUGUUGUUGUUGCUGUUGUUGUUGUUCUUAUUAUUAUUAUUAUUAUUAUUAUUAUUAUUAUUAUUAGUAUGCUAUGACAUUUCAGGCCCCAAGGUAAAAUACACAUUUAACAUACACUUGUAAACACCAGUGAACUGUAACAUCAUUAACAAUAACUAAAAGUUUAAAAUUUUCAAAAUACACAACAGUGUAUUUUCCUCUGUGCAAGUCUGUGUUAACUUUGUAUUGCUGUUUGGCCCCUUCUAUAAGAAUAAGAGUACAAACAGUGGUGACUUUAUAAUUAUUGUCAUUGUCCUGAAAGUGACAGCAAAAUACAGAUUAUGAUAUGCAUAAAGGCAUUUGAAGUCUGAGAUCAGCCUCUCUUAUAGCCAAGCAAUGUUUAUGCUGUCUAACAGUAUGAACAAGGAUCUCUGAAGUUUGAAGAUUCUAUGGAAGCAUAUUACUAACAAAACUAUUGAACCUAAAACAAUUGUCAGUAAGUUUUGAACACAAUCUAGAAAGUUGGCUUUGUGGUCACUACCAUUGUUUUUGAUAAAUUCAAGACUGGUGUUCUGAUUUUGUUUUUAGCCUACCUGUGUACUUAAGUGGAAUCUGAUAUUUAUGCAACACCUUAAUCAUUAAUGGUGGCCAAAACCUGUAAACAGCACUUACAAGAGUUCACUACUGUGGUCUCUACUUGAAGACUACUUGUGCCACACUUGUUGCCGAGAGUUUUUUGCUUCAAGUUUGUGUCCACUUUAUGAUAACUAUAAUUAAAUUUAUUGGUUAUGGCUUAUAAAAUUCAAGUUGAUUGAACUGAUAAGUUGAUUAAAGCCCUACUUAUUUGUCAUAAAAAUGAUUUUUCAAAUAUGUUUUGCAGUAACAGUUCUUGUACUCUCCAAACCUGGCUCUAAAUUUGAUUUCUAAUAAGUACAAAUGUGUUUUGUGGUUUUUCAGUAUUUUUGAUUUUGAUAAGCUUCCAAGGGAUUCUACUGUAAGUUUACAUAUCUUAAACUCCACCAUGCGCAAACAUUUCUUAGCGACAAACAUACUAACAGCAAACCUUGCUAAGGUACAUCAUCUAAGCUUGUUUUCUAAGAUAAAUCAUUUCUGUUACUAUCUACCAUCUUUGAUCUACAUCUGUCACCAUGCUGACAGUUUACUGAUACUGUUCAAAUUGCCAGAAUUUUUUUGCUCUGUCAGUUUCAUUAUGUUUAGCGCACUGUGCCUGAACUGUCUUACAUUGGCUGAGGACUAUGUUUGCACUAGUGGCCAGUGGUGUUUGUACAUUGGGUGUGUAGUGGAAAAUACAUUCUGGUAAAUACAUUGCUCACUUUAUAAUUAAUGGAUGAUAAGGUGCUUCAGAAGAAAUAACGCAAGAAGAAGCAGGAUAUGUAAUGCAAUGUCUUCUGAUCAUGAUGUGUGUCCAAGGUUGGCAAUAAAAACUUUGGUAAUCCUAAAACUAA